UUUAAAAAGAUAAGGCAAGAUAACAUAUAGAAUACUAUCAGAACCACUGAUAACUUUUUUCUUAUACAUACACCGCAGUUUGAUAUCCCGAAUGCAUUGAUUUGCUACUUUAACGUCAGAUUUUCGUUAUGGGGCUUUUCGGAGGUUUUAGAGCAAAGUUUACAAGGGAAUCCACGGCCAAACCAUCCAAAAAUACACAAGAUACCGGAGUUGUUUGUGUGGGAUAUAGAAUUCGAUCGGAGUUUGACGAUUUGCCUUCAAAUGCAACAGCUACUGUAAGAGUACCUGCCCUCAGGCUUCAAAACUACAAUGAGGAACCACCGAGUGAAGACAUCCCUUCAAAAUCAUGUCCUGAUUCGAAAAAAGAAAAAUCCCCGAAGAAAAAACUUCCGCCACUUCCAGACAAAUUUUAUGCUAAUCUAAAUGACAAAUCAAGCAAUAAAGUGAAGUCUAGUGCUACUUCUAAUAUAGUAAACAAACCAGUUUCGACUGAAGAUAUACCUUCGAAAUCAUCUCCCAAUUUGCGAAAAGAAAAAUCUCCAAAGAAAAAUCCUCCACCACUUCCAGCCACGUUUCAUGUUAAUCAAAAUGACAAAUCAAGUAAUAAAGUGAAUACUAGUGCUACUUCUAAUACAGAAGCCGAACAAGCUUUAACUCAAGCAGAAUCAAAAACAAGUGAAGAAUCAGAAUCAUCUUAUGUGAGAGGAAAAACAAGUAGUUUCAACCCUAACCCAAAAAAACAAACCAAAUCAAUUCUCAAAGCUACAAAUUCUCCUUCCAAAGAGAUUCGAAGACCGGUAAGCGAUGGUAGCGUUACAGUAGCAACAUUAAAGGAAUCGAGAAGCGUCAACAGUUCUUAUGCUUCGCUAUCUUAUACGAACCACCAAAACACCAGUACAACUUCAGGGUCACUGACUACAUCACGGUUUGUAUCAGAAGAUCAGAGGGAGGAAGUAGCUACACUGAUUCAUACAGAAGUAACAGAAAGAAAAAUUGUUAAUAAUAAUUCUAAUUAUAGUUCUACUCCUAACUUAUCAUAUGGAAGUAGAUUGAAUAAUACGAGUAGUCAUGCGGCUAGUAUAUUUUUCGAUGGAGAUGAUGAACCAGAAAUAGAACAGAGACCUAGAAAAUUGGAUUACGAGACAGAUGAUGACCGCAGAGUAAGUGCUGAUUGUUAGAUUAUUAUGUCUAUCCAAUACUCUAAGUCAUAAUGAAGAAAAGAAAUAAAGUGUAUGGUGACUUGAUUGUUUGUUAGUUCAUGGACUUGAAAUACUGUUUUUAGAACUCGUAUGUUUUGCAAGAGAUAGUUUCGAAGAAAUUAAAGUUUGAUUGCCAGAGAUCUAUUUUUCACAUACAAAGUGGACAAUUGUGCGGCUUAUUAGUUAAGUUUUUUUUAAUCCCAGUGAUUAAUCCCAAAGAAACAGACUACUCAGUGGAUGUGCUUUUAGUAGAAGCCUUAGUUGAGGAUAUGUAAUGUUUAAUACACUUAAAAUUGUUAUUUACAGUUUUCACAAAGAAUAAUAUGAUAUAAUUUAAUCUACAUAACUGUAAUAGUAUGCUUUUGACAAGACUGAUAUUUAUAAUAAAAUAAAAUAUAAUUUUAUUGAAAU